AUGAGCAGCCCUCCCCAGUCUGAAUGGGAAGAAGAUUCACAGCCUUCGGCGGACUGGGGUUCUUGGGGCAAUCCGCAGGCGCACAUUCCGUGGGGCUCAUCUUCCAAGGCGCCCAGUGGUCCUGAACUAUUCGACGGACUUUAUGCAGCAGACCCUCGCGACAUCGCCAGUCUGGAUCACAAUCUCUUUCGCAUGGUAGCGGUCGAGCACAUCAUCAUCGACACCAAACUCUACUUGAUUGAGCACGGAGCCAUGAUUGUGCGUCAACUCGUCACCAACAACACUCGUGAGUUGAAGCAGCCGCACGCCGCCGUCACUUGUCCAAGGUUACAGAACAUCACCUUGAGUGUGCGCGGGAAAAGAUCCGCGCGCAUGUACGGAACGUUGUGGACAGAGUUGGAGGACCUGACAUCGAUUCGAUCAGUCCUGGCGAGCGAUGGUCGGUGCGUGCGCAUGAAGUGCCUGACGCUUGAGGGCAACAUCUGCAUCUGCAAGAAGCCGCUUCUCGAUGCUCAUAUCCUCAAGCGAUUCCAAUCCACGAUUGCGACGGUGACGUUAGAUGUGCCCGACGGAGGCUGCCAGAACUGCGCGUAG